AUGGUCAUGCAAGCCAACUAUCAGCUGGCGGGAACUGAUGGCCCCCCUCCCUUGCCGCUCAAUCUCCGCGAGCACAAAGGACAUAUAUGCUUGCAGUGGGGGAUUAUUCUACUCACGUCCUGCAUAGCACCACUGGUGCUCUAUCCAAGUUUAUACUGGGGAGCGGGUCUAUCCCUCAAGAUUGCCUUGAGUGUAUCUAGCGCCAUUCUCGGAGCAUCGACUUUAUAUUCCUUGGGUUUACGAACGUGGCGCUUACUCAAGCUGACAUCGAAUUGCCGACCCCUCACAUCGGAAAGUCGUUGGAAUUUAGACUUCUUCCACUGGAACUAUCUUCUAGGCUUUGUGCUCGUCACACUCAUCAUCGUGAUCGGCUUGACACGAGACCCUCCUAGUGUCCGAAUGACCGCUCUGCCGCCGUCUAUUUUGCUCGUGCAAGUUGGCCUAACCCUGGUCAUCGUCGGAAUCCUGGCAAAGCUUCGCGUACGGCAACCGUUCCCAGUCUCCUCCAUGCCCGCAGGUUCAGUCUUCCGUCCCGGCAUCUUGGUCAUCAUCGAAGAUAUCGUUGCGGUGGAUGGAGGCCGCGGCACCGCAUACCGCUCAGCCCUGAUGGAGAGGUAUGCUGCCAGCAAACGGUUUCAGCGCCUGAUGGAGGAUCUCAAUUGGUUUUGGGGAUUUGGCGGGCUUAUUAUGGGCAUUAUUCUCAUAUGUGUACUUGCUUCGGUUGGGAGCAAGACGUUUGCUUUUGGGCUGGGAUGGACCAUUCCAUGGAUUUGGGCUGGUACCUGGGCAGUUAUCACGACUUACUGCGCUAAGUCUGCGCUGAGGGAAGAGGCUUUUACCUGGUCGGAGAGCAAAAAGGCGAAUGCGGUGUAG